UUGUGCCGUUAUGACUGCAGCAACAGAAAAUGAUGUCCCCAACACCCUAAAGACUGAAGCCGAGACCCCGGUGAAGACUGAAGCCGACACAGAGAGCAAAAAUGCUGGAGAAGUAAAGAAGGAAGAGCUGGAACCUAUCACUACGGACAAUGUAGUGGUCGAAUCACAUGUUGCAGCAAAAGUAGUCAAACAGCUGGAGUAUUAUUUUGGAGACAGGAAUCUACCGCAAGACAGAUUCAUGUUAAGAGAAGUUACUCUUGAUAACGGCUGGAUACCUCUCGACACUAUGCUCAACUUCAAGAGGCUGGCUAGUAUUUGUUCUGAUAAGCCCAAAAUAGCUAAAGCUAUUGAAGAUAGUGGCAGUGAGUUGCUUGUUAUCAACGAAGACAAGAAUAAAGUCAGACGGAACCCGGACAAACCUCUUCCUAAAAACACAGAUGAGUUGAAACUAGCCAACAACCUGAAGACAGUCUACGUGAAAGGACUGCCACUCGAUCUAACCAUCGACAAGGCAGAAGAGUUGUUCUCGCAGUUCGGAAAAAUGAGCUAUGUUAAACUGAGGAAGAACGCUGAUUCUGAGUUCAAGGGUUCGGUGUUUAUAGAAUUUGUGGAGCAGGCUGAUGCUGAUAAAAUGGUUGCCACUAAAGAACUGAAGUUCACCCCAGAAUCUGAUAACCUGCUUAUUAUGAGUAGAAACGACUACUUUAAAUCUAAAAACCAGAACGUGAAGCAAGAGAAGAACGUAAAACGAGAGGCCCAGAUGGGAGGAACUGAAGUGAAACAUGAAGUACCAGAACAUGUUGAAUACGAGAAAGGUAAGAUAUUAAAGAUCAGCGAAUUAGAAGGCAUAGAAACCAGCAGAGAAGACAUGAAGACCUUGUUUGAAGGACACGGUGUAUCGUGGGUCACGUUUAAUAAGGGAGAUCCUGAAGCUUAUAUCAGGUUUGAAGGUAGUGCACAAGAGGCUCUCGAGAAAGUGAGAGUGGACGAAAAGUUUAUCCUAUCAGGAAAAGAAUCUAGCCCCGUGGUCCUUGACGGCACUGAAGAAGAGGAGUACUGGAAGAAAUCGGCAUACGAAAAAGCAGAGUUCUUCAACAAGAAGAACAGGAAGAGGAAGUUUGACGGAGCCCGAGGAGGGAGAGGCAGAGGUCGUGGUGGACGCGGCAAGAGGUACCGCCGUGAUUAGAACUCUCAUGGUUUAUGUUAGACGAGAAAUAGUACGCACUGUAACGCAGUUUGUGUUAAUACAAAUUUCUGCCUGCAAAAAGCAACAUCAAAAUGUCUUAUGUCUUACAUGUUUGUCGAAUGUCCCAGUUUUCGCUGCAGAUUACGGACAUUGCGUGACGCAGAGGUUUUAAUUUAUUUAGGUCCGUUUUAUCAGUUUUAUACUUUAACCGUGAUGGUGAUAACCGUGAUGAUGAUAAUUUCAACACGUUCUCAUAAUUUAUUCAAUUUUACUUUUAUUUGAU